AUGAAAGAAGUUGAAUACUUGGCAAAACAGGAGAGUUUGGGGAUUAUUGUUGGCCUAGGGGCCACACCACAAGAAGAAAUUCAUCUUGUCAAGCCUGCUAUUGAAGGUGUUGCAGCUAUGACAGAGCAGCCUGCUCCGGCAGCUCAACCCUCCAGUGCCACUACCACCACUCCUACUACCAUUGACACUACUUCUACAACAACAACUCCUACCACCACAUCAACUGCAUCUAUUGCACCGGUUGUAACAACAAUACCUCCACCUUUGGUUACAACAACGGUCACCCCACCUUAUGUUGUUUCAUAUAUGCUUGCACCUGUAAUGACUCCCAUAAUGGAGAUAGUAAUUAUUCAUAAUGUGGAGUCAGACUCAUACCAAGAGGAGGUUGAGCUAGCACUAAAGAAGAUAGAGCCCAAGAAGAGGAAAAGAAUGACUCCUUCUAGUGCAAAGAAAUGA